UUGAUCAACUAUCCAAUGGUGAACGAUUAUUCAGUCUUCCAUUAUAGUCGGCCUACGUAAAACACACAUGUUGCUAGCUUGCUUGUUAGCCAGUCCGUAACAUUUAAGUGGCAUACAAAUAUUUCAAUGAAUGCCAGUAAGUAUUAGCUAACAUUACUAAGUGCGUUACAAUUGGAAAAUGGCACAUUUAACUACAAACCCUGCCAUCAAAGAAAGGUUCAUGUGCAUAUACCCUGCAUAUGUAAACAAUAAGAAGACGUUAGCGGAAGGAAGAAGAAUACCGUCUGAAAAGGGUGUGGAAAAUCCGACAUGCUCCGAAAUCCGGGAUGUCCUCUCUGCAGCCGGAGUGAAUGUGCUGGUUGAGAACAAGAUGUACCCCAGGGAGUGGAACCGAGAUGUGCAGUUUAGAGGAAGGGUCCGUGUCCAGCUGAAAGAAGAAGAUGGAACCCUGUGCCAGGAAAGGUUUUCAUCUCGUAAAGACUUGAUGCUCUACGUGGCUGAAAUGAUACCGAAGUUGAAGACCAGGACACAGAAGAGCGGGGCCGGGGAGAGCAACGCCCAGCCGGGAGAGGGGGGCAGGAAGGGGAAGAAGAAGAAGAAGUAGUAGAGUUUGAACUCGUCCCGCUCGCGCCACUUUUCAUCGCGACGAGUUCACAGCAGUCCCUUAUGGCGGAUCCGCGUGUUCACUGAGCAUGAAGGACGUUCGCAUAAGUGGCAUUUCUUUAAAAAAACAAAAACAAAAACAAAAGGAGAAGAAGAAAUGUGUGUUGCAUGGAGGCAGACAGCAGGGAGGCUCUAGAGGAGUGUGAAUUCCUAACUUGAGUUAAUUUCCUUUCAAUGUUUUUUAGAGACUGUCAUCAGGAACAUUGUGCCAGUAUAGUUUGGCCAUUGGAACAAUUAGUCUGUCUGAUGGCUACAUGGGAAUUUGUAAUCGGUCUAUUUUCUUUUUUUCUUUUUCUUUUUUUCCUGCCCCUCCUAGAAAUAUUUUGAAAGGGUUUUAUUUUAUCUUCAUUGGUUAAUUUAUCUCACAAACUAUGUGAGCAGAGUAAUGGUAGUUUGCAAAUAAAUGCAUUUCACAGACCUCCA